AUCACGUCAUGAAGACCAACUCAACAAUGUUUUUCAUGGCCAGGUACCUAGAUGGAUAUGCACCUUUCUAUAGGCAAACAAUACUUUUGAGUUAUUAUUCAAAUCCGGAUAUAAACAAUUUGUUCAACAAGCACUGCAGUAAUUACCAUGGGAAGGUGAAGCUGGUACAUGAACAUAAAGGAGUUCUUCCUAAAGUGGUUCAUCAAGUCCGCCAGAUUUAUCAGCGGUUUGAUGCAGACUCAAUACAACAUUUUGAUGAUGCUCGUUUUGAAUAUUUUACUACAAAGGUUUCUUCUGUUUUCCAGAAGUGUCCUUAAUUGCAAGAGACUUUAUAGUUGGUU